AGUAUCCGGUAUGUGACCUCAAGGGGAUCAUGAUCCACAGGUUGAGAACCACUGAUGUAGAGCAAGGACCAUCUUUAAACUGUCUAAAACACACCAGGGUUUUACCGGCCCGGGUGUAUUUUAUUCUUUCACCAUUUGUACCAAGAGCGCUCAUCCAGAAAUGAGUUCUUCAAGGCACACUGGCAGCGCAGACCUGAAACUCCCCAAACUGAUAGCUACUCUGAAAAACUUGGGUGUGAAAGCUCUAACCUCUGGAGCAUGUGAGGUGAGACGCUUACAAGAAAAAAGGAAAGUAAGAAAGAAAGAAAACCCAACCGUCUUCAGCAUCUUCUUCAUCAGUCGCAGAGCCAAGUGGUUCCUCCGUGCUCCUUAACGCUGAAGCAUCGUAAUUAUGAGGCUUUCUUCAUUUGCUCUGUUUGUCCUGACUGCUGGCGUUUAUCUGUGCUCAGAAUGUUUCCGCACUGAAAUUAUUGGAGGGAGAGAAGUACGGCCACAUUCCAGGCCGUUUAUGGCUUCCAUCCAGGACAGCGGCCGUCACAUCUGUGGAGGAGUCCUGAUUCACCCGCAGUGGGUGCUAACAGCGGCCCACUGCUACUCUUGGUUCCCUAGAAGUCGCUCUCCCACAGUGGUCUUAGGAGUGCAUUCUCUUUCAAAGAAUGAGCCCACGAAACAAACACUGGAGAUUAAAAAACUCAUCCCAUUCUCAAGAUCUCUGUCAGGUCUCACAUCACAUGACAUCAUGCUAAUAAAGCUUCGCACCGCUGCAGAACUCAACAAGCAUGUCCAACUGCUUCAACUGAGAUCCAAAAACUAUAUCAGAGAUGGAACCAAAUGCCAGGUUACUGGCUGGGGAGCCACCAACCCAGAUCUGUUAAAAAACUCCGAUACCCUGCAAGAAGUCACUGUUACUAUCAUAAGCAGAAAACGCUGCAACAGCCAAAGCUAUUACAACCGCAAACCUGUUAUAAGCAGGGACAUGAUAUGUGCAGGAGAUGCCAAAGGCCAAAAGGAUUCCUGCCAGGGAGAUUCAGGUGGCCCCUUGGUCUGCAAAGGUGUCUUCCAAGCCAUCGUCUCUGGGGGCUAUAAAUGUGGCGUCGCCAACAAACCUGGAAUCUAUACCCUAUUGACUAAGAAAUACCAGAGUUGGAUCAAAAGCCAGCUCGCCCCAUCCAGUGGGAACUGAGAUUGUAAGUGGUUUUUUAGAUCUGUCAGUCACUUGCUUCUUGUUGUGAAAUGUGCUUGCAGAUCAAUUUUAUCUGCAGAUGCAGCUGACUGUAGGAAGCCUGUGGUACAGCUGGGGCAUAUUUCUGUGUCUUAAGGACUCAUUUUGUUUACUGCUCUCUAGGCAGCAGUAAAUAAAUAAAUGCCUGAAUUUGAGAGAAAAUUAAAAACAAAAACAACAAACUCAUUUUGUUAAGGAACCAUACUCUUUUUAAUGGGUAUUAGUGAUUUAUUUCUACCACGUUGGUUUCAUUCUAAAUAAAAUGAAAAGUCUGUCUUUGUC